AUGCAUAAAUGCUGGACUGGAAUUGUGGAUCAGAGGCCGGAUGCGACACUGGCACGCAAAAUCACCGAUGCAACGCUCAAAAUAUCUGGAAGUUUGGUUGAUCAAAUGAUCAAAAAUCUUGAACAAUACACAACCAAUUUGGAGAAGCUUGUAAAGGAACGUACAAGUCAAUUGGAAGAAGCGCAGGAGCAUGCUGAACGACUGCUUCUUGAACUGCUACCUAAGUAA